AUGUUCGCUGCAUCACCUCAAGCAUUUGCUUCGUCGAGAGAUCUGGUCCCACUAUACACCACGAUCGCUACUGGUAUCGAUAUUAUGGCCAGGGGACUACAGACCAAGACGACAAUAUGCCUCACGAGGGAGAUGGAAGAGCAACACGGUCUCUCCCUCUCAUCCGGUGGUAGCUUUUUGUUUGUCCCUCUUAACUGUCAGUCGUCUGGAUCCGGCGACGACGAAAACAUGUUCGACGCCAUUCUGCUUGCUUGGACAGCCCGUAAUAAUGAUGUGCGAGUCCAGCCUGACCCCUUAUCUAAGGUAAAUGAAGACCGGAUAAGCAGAGAUACCACAGUCUUUAUGGUCAAAGAAGGUGGAGUACGAGUACCACUCCCGCUUCCGAGAUGGGGUGUACCAUCAACAAUACCCUGCGCAUUUUUUAUUCAACUCCCAGAUGUAGGGGUCACUCUACUCAACGCUUCCCCAAUCCAAGGCCGUUACGACUAUCCUCGCUCAAUGCUCUUUAUGCCUCAGACCCCAUCAGAACUCCUGAACACCGGCCAGUUUCGGGGUGGGUUUGGAUUCGACGUGGGAGAUAGUACAGUCUUUCUCCUUGUCAUUGAAGUUGUAACUAUGACGACUCUGAGUGCUAGCUAUUUCGACGAUACCGAACACGUCAUCGUUGGCUAUAGGAUCUUCACUUGCUUUUAUGACAAUAGGGUAAAGCAUCCUAGUCUUCGCCAGGGGUAUCCCCUACUUAUAUGGAGGUUGCCUAUAGCAGGCUUGCCUGACUUCCGUCACAAGAAGCCUGUGAUGCUCCAUGCGGAUAGCACGUUCGACUACUACAGCUCAAACCCUUUGUCGCUGAUCCCGACGUCCUACACCUCAUCAUGUUUCUUGAGUCAAGCAAAGCAUCCUGCUAGCAUCGACUAUCUAGAACUAAACAAUACAGUCUCAAAUUGA